AUGAACGAAGAGAAAAAUCAGAACGACUGCGCGCACAACCAAAAGGCAUCGAUCGUCCCAGGCUCAUCAAACAGCUUGCGCAAAAAUGCUCUCUUCAUUUACAACGCAAGGUUCGAAUCAGUGCGUCUUUCGUGGCCCUCUCUGUGCCAAGUCUUGCGCCCUGGCUCUGGCCCUCGCCUUUGCCCUCCCCCAAUUCUAAACUAA